CAUUCAUGAAGAAGAUAAUAUAGCAAACUUAUUGGCCAUUAAAAGAGAAGAAAAAAUUCAAGAGCAAAGAAAGAGCUCAUUGACAUGGCCAUAUAUUAAAACAGAAGUGGAAAAACUCGGGAAGAAGCAUAAUUUAAAUUUAGAAUGCUACCUCAGAGAAAUUUGGGAAGUGGCACGUUUGGUAGCCCCAGAAUUGGAUACACGAGAAGAAGCUGCUUCACACAUAUUUUCCAGGUGUCUCAUAAUACUUCAGUUUUAAGUGUUAAACAGAAUAUGAAACUGAAACAGAUGUUUGGUGAUGUUAAACCUCAAAUUCUCGAGAGAGCCCAUAAGGCUGUAAGAAAUAUUGCAGAUUUAGUUAGCGAGGAAGAGCUGAUUGAAUUAGUCACACAGUUGGGCGCAGCUGAAGAAGAGCUACCUAUGUUUGGUGCCAAUAUAAAGGUGGGCCCUCUGAUUUUAGCAGGCGAUGAGUUAUCGAAGCACAAGUUGUUAGACCUAAGAAGAAUAAAACCUGUAUCACAAGCCACUCUGCGAUAUGAUGAUUUUAAACCUGAACCUGUGGAAAACAUAGUUAAAGAGAAGGUUUCACAAGAAUUGUAUGACAAGUCUUGGAUAGAGGUAGAAAUGCUUAAAUAUUAUUCUGACAUAAGCAUUGUUUCAGAGCUUAGUAAUAGUACAAUGACCCUCUUGCUAAGUUCAAAAGCUGAUGAUGAACUGCAAAAUGAGUUGUUUGAACUUCUGGGUUUUGAGCAGUUUGAGCUAAUACAGUCAUUUCUCCAACACCGGUCUGAGAUUAAAAAUCCACCACCAAAUAAGGAACAAAAAAUAAAUGCUUUGCUGGAUGGACUAGCAAGUCAAGUAGUGAAAGAUCGUCCUGUUUAUGGUCAGUCUGUUACAGUUAUGAAUGAAACUGAAAAACAGUUACUGAAACAGGCCCGAAAAGAAGAGAAAAAACUCUUUAAGACAGCCAAGCAGUUAGCUGAUGGUGUUUCUACAGAAGAUUUUAAUCCAGAAGCACUGAGGGCAAAAAGGGAAGCAGCACUUUUUGAAGCUUCACAAGCUGCACUCUUUCCAAGAAGAACCCGAGCUGCUCCAGAAAUUAAGUUUCCAUAUGUUUUUGAUAUUCACAACAAAGUAAAGGAAUGUGCAGCAUACAUAGCUGGAUUGAAAAUUUCUUUGCCUGAGGGUUUCAAAAAAUCUAGUGAUACUAUAAUGGAGGAAGUUUAUAUUCCUGCAUCAGAUCCAGCUCCCCCAGAAGUGGGAGCUAAACUUUUCCCCACUUCCAAAUUUGAUGAAAUUGGUCAGAUAGCUUUCAAAGGAUGUAAGACCCUGAAUCGUAUUCAGACAGUUGUGUAUCCUAUUGCCUACCAUAGUAAUGAAAAUAUGUUGGUAUGUGCCCCUACUGGUGCUGGUAAAACGAACAUUGCCAUGUUAGCAGUUGUCCACCAGAUCAGGCAGCACAUUGAGAAUGGUGUUAUUCAGAAGGAUAAAUUUAAGAUUGUGUACAUAGCUCCUAUGAAAGCUCUUGCAUCUGAAAUGACCAAAAACUUUGGAAAAAGAUUAGAACCAUUAGGACUAACAGUUCGUGAGUUGACAGGAGACAUGCAUUUAACAAAACCUGAGAUUAUGGCAACUUCUAUGAUCAUCACAACACCAGAGAAAUGGGAUGUAACAACUCGAAAACCAGGUGAUACUCAGUUGUCUCAAUUAGUAAAACUACUAAUUAUUGAUGAGGUUCAUCUUUUACAUGGAGACCGUGGCCCUGUUUUAGAGACUUUGGUUGCUCGUACGCUUAGAAUGGUUGAAUCUCAGCAAUCAAUGAUCAGGAUUGUUGGAUUGUCUGCCACUCUUCCCAACUAUAUUGAUGUAUCAACCUUUUUGAGGGUUAACCCAUACAAGGGACUUUUUUAUUUUGAUUCCCGAUUUCGUCCUGUUCCCCUGGAAUUAACUUUCAUUGGAGUCAAAGCUUCAGGAAGGUUCAAGCAAAUGGAAGAUAUGGAUAGAAUUACAUUUGACAGAUGUUUAGAGUUCUUGGAUCAAGGACACCAAGUAAUGGUGUUUGUCCAUGCUCGUAAUGGUACUUUACGAACUGCUGAGAACCUGAUAAAGCUUGCUCAGGAUGGAAGGACAAAGAACUUCUUGCCAGAUGAAGGCCCUGAUCUCUCGGGCUCGAAAAGAAUUAGCAAGUCAAGGAAUAAAAAGCUGUUAGAACUUUUGAUUCAGGUUUGGGGUGUUCACCAUGCUGGACUUUUGCGCUCAGAUAGGAAUCUGGUUGAAAAUUUCUUCAGUCAAGGGUUCAUCAAAGUUCUAGUAUGCACAGCUACCCUGGCAUGGGGUGUAAAUCUUCCUGCUCAUGCAGUCAUUAUAAAGGGAACUGAUAUAUAUGACAGCAAAUCAGGAACUUUAGUUGAUUUGGGCAUUUUAGAUGUUCUACAGAUCUUUGGUCGAGCUGGUCGUCCACAGUUUGACAAAAGUGGUCAUGGUAUAAUUAUCACGACUCAUAGUAAACUGUCAAAUUAUGUGUCCCUUCUGACGAAUCAGUAUCCAAUUGAAAGUUCUUUCAUUGCUCAUCUUGCUGACAAUUUGAAUGCUGAGGUUGCUCUUGGAAGUGUAACUAAUGUUGAUGAAGCCAUUGAGUGGUAAGUUACAUAAUGUGACUUGUAUGUCCGUAUGCGAAAGAAUCCUCAGGUGUAUGGCCUAAUGUAUAAAGAUGCACAGCAUGACCCCAAUCUUGAGGAAUUUAGGCGGGAGGCAGUUAUUAAAGGCAGCCAAACAACUGGAUGCAGCUCGUAUGGUUCGAUUGAUGAAAGCACUGGCUACCUUCAUAUAACUGAUAUGGGGCGUAUUGCCAGUCAGUUUUAUGUCAAAUAUGACACAGUUGAGAUUUUCAAUGAUUUCUUAAGUGCAGUCAUGAACGAUGGCAUGAUUUUGUCUGUAAUAUCCAAAAGCUCCGAGUUCCAGCAGAUGAAGGUACGUGAUGAAGAAAUGGCUGAACUAGACGAACUUCAUGUUCAGUGUGAAGUUCCUGCAGCGGGUGGUGUUGAAAAUAUCCAUGGGAAAGUUAAUAUUCUUCUCCAGUCUUAUAUUUCCCGAAUAAGGAUUGACAGCUUCUCACUUGUUUCUGACAUCAAUUAUGUAACUGACAACUCUGUUCGAAUCACCAGAGCCCUAUUCGAGAUUGUCUUGCAUAGAGGAUGGCCUCUGAUGGCUGGUCGAUUAUUGACAAUAGCUAAGAUGAUAGAGCAUCAGAUGUGGCAUUUUGAAACUCCAAUGAAACAGUUUACACGUCUUUCUCAAGAAAUCAUUGACAAAAUUGAAAGUAGCCGUCUGACCAUAGAGAAAAUAAGGGACAUGGACCAUAAGGAGAUAGGCCAAAUGCUAAGACAUGAAAGAAUGGGAAAGGAAGUGAAGUCAGCAGCAUGGCAAUUUCCAUUACUAAAUAUGGAGGCUAUUGUACAGCCCAUUACUAGGACAGUGCUACGAGUCAAGUUGAACAUUUUACCAGAUUUCACGUGGAAUGACAGGGUCCAUGGAACUCAGGAGAUCUAUUGGAUUUGGGUAGAGGAUCCAGAUAAUAAUCACAUGUAUCAUAGUGAACAGUUCUCUCUAACUAAAAAGCAGGUGCAGCGUGAGCAGGAACAGCAGCUUGUUUUCACCAUCCCCAUUUUCGAUCCAAUGCCAAGCCAGUAUUAUGUAAGAGCUAUCAGUGACAAAUGGUUAAACUGUGAAUCCUCUUGUAUUAUGAGCUUUGAGAACUUAAUUCUACCUGAGCAACAUCCUCCCCAUACAGAUUUACUUGAUCUGAGACCACUUCCAGUCACUGCAUUAAACAACUCGGAGUUGGAAAUGCUCUACAGGUUCACACAUUUCAACCCUAUUCAGACACAGCUUUUCCAUUGUCUGUAUCAUACAGAUAACAAUGUUUUGCUUGGUGCUCCAACUGGUUCUGGAAAGACAAUAGCAGCAGAAAUAGCCAUGUUUAGGGUGUUUCGUGAAACACCUGGAGCAAAGGUUGUGUAUAUUGCACCGUUAAAAGCCCUGGUAAGAGAGAGAGUUGAAGACUGGAAAGUAAGAUUAGAAGAGAAAUUAGGAAAGAAUGUUGUUGAAUUAACUGGUGAUGUGUCUCCAGAUGUUCGGGCAAUCCAGGCUUCAGAUGUGAUAAUUACUACUCCUGAAAAGUGGGAUGGCAUCUCUCGUUCAUGGCAGACACGAAAUUAUGUAAAGGAAGUUUCUUUGAUCAUAAUAGAUGAGAUCCAUCUUCUAGGUGAAGACAGGGGUCCUGUUUUGGAGGUAAUUGUAUCUCGUACAAAUUAUAUUUGCAGUCACACUAACAAGACUCUGCGUGUCAUUGGUCUCUCAACUGCUCUAGCAAAUGCAAAAGAUCUUGCUGAUUGGUUAGGCAUUAAACAGAUGGGUCUGUAUAACUUCCGCCCCUCUGUCCGUCCUGUGCAUUUAGAUGUACAUAUUUCAGGCUUUCCAGGAAAGCACUAUUGCCCAAGGAUGGCAACCAUGAACAAACCUACAUUCCAAGCUAUUAAGCAGCAUUCCCCAGACAAGCCUGUUUUAGUAUUUGUGUCCUCAAGACGACAGACAAGGUUGACCGCAAUAGACCUCAUGGGAUUUGUGGUCGUUGAAGAUAACCCUAAACAGUGGUUAAGGAUGCCUGAUCAUGAGAUGGAGCAGAUUUUAACCAACAUUCGAGACGAAAACUUACGUUUGUGUAUGUCCUUUGGCAUUGGACUUCAUCAUGCUGGUCUAGUGGAAAAGGAUCGCAAGAUUGUGGAAGAGCUCUUUGUCAAUCAGAAAAUUCAGAUUCUUAUUACUACAGCAACCCUUGCAUGGGGUGUAAAUUUUCCAGCUCACUUGGUUGUAGUGAAGGGUACCGAAUAUUAUGAUGGAAAGACCAAGAGAUAUGUUGAUUUCCCAAUAACUGAUGUUUUACAGAUGAUGGGACGAGCUGGUCGUCCUCAGUAUGAUGAUGAAGGUGUUGCUGUUAUCCUUGUUCAUGACCAGAAAAAGCAUUUUUAUAAGAAAUUUUUGUAUGAGCCUUUCCCUGUGGAGUCCAGUUUGAUGAAUGUGUUACCAGAUCACUUGAAUGCUGAAAUUGUUGCUGGCACCAUUGGUAGCAAACAAGAUGCUCUUGAUUACCUCACCUGGACAUACUUUUUCAGGCGAUUACUGCAGAAUCCAUCAUACUAUAAUCUUAGUCUGGAAGAAGGUGUAGAAACAAAAGUAGCCGUGAAUGAAUUUCUCUCUGCAACUAUUGAUAGAGCUCUUACUUCUUUAGAAACUGCAUACUGCAUAGAAAUAGGUGAAGAUAAUCGAUCAAUAGAGGCAACACCCCUUGGGCGGAUAGCUUCUUUUUAUUACCUUUCUCAUUUGACCAUACAACACUUUCAAGAGAAACUCAAUAAAGAUAUGAGUAUGGAGGACAUUUUGAAUCAUCUUAGUGAGGCACAUGAAUAUGAUGAACUCCCUGUACGUCACAAUGAAGACAAUUUGAAUGCAGAGUUAGCCAAGUCCUGUCCAUUGCAAGUAAACCCGUAUACUUUUGAUUCCUCCAAUACAAAGGCUCACCUACUUCUCCAGUCCCACAUGUCUCGACUUCCACUCCCUUGUGUGGAUUAUUUGACAGAUACAAAGUCUGUUUUAGAUCAAGCAAUAAGAAUUUUACAGGCUUUAUUGGAUGUAUGUGGUUGUGCAGGAUGGCUCUCAGCCUCUCUUCAAGUUCAGGUAUUAAUGCAGAUGGUGACUCAAGCACGUUGGCAUACAGAUUCUUCUCUUCUUACUUUGCCUCAUGUGAAUUCUGAUAUCCUUAACUGCUUUAGUCAUGCAGGCCACACCAUACAGUGCCUUCCUGAAUUGAUUCAUGCUAUUGAUGGAAAGUAUGAGAAGCUUGCAAGAAUGCUGAGAAGUGAGCUAGAUGAAAAUCAAAUUGAAAAUGUCUUCAAGGUGUUACAACAACUUCCAGUGAUGAAAGUUGAUGUGUCUAUCAAAGGAGGGUUGGCUAACUCGGUUAAUCAAAGAGUUUUUAUGGAAAGACCAGAGAACAGCACCUCAUCUAAGAGAUGGAAUAAAGUUCAUGCUAACCAAGAGUAUGCCCUCAUAGUCUGUUUUAGUCGUUUGAAUAAGACUAGAGACCUGCGAGUGCAUGCACCCAAAUUCCCAAAAGCAAAAGAUGAGGGUUGGUUUUUGGUGCUUGGGGAAGUGGAAUCUGGAGAACUUAUAGCUCUGAAGAGGGUUCCUCCUGUCCGUGGCAGAGUAACUCACACCAUGGUGUUCACUACUCCUCCUGAACCUGGAAAUGCUGUUCUUACACUCUAUGUUAUGUCAGACAGUUACCUUGGAUUAGACCAACAGUAUGACAUUCAUUUAGAAAUAAUUGAUAAUAGUGGAAAUGAUAAAGGCCUGAAUGUUCCAGUUAGUGAACCAGAUGAAGUACCACAGAAAUGGCUUCCUCCACACACAGAUGCAAGUCAUGCACAGAAUAUACCUUUGAGUAAUUUUGAAUUAUAUGAAAAGCCAAAUGUAAAUGCAUCAUCUGGAGACUUUGAAGAGAGAUUUCGUAAUCCAGAAACUGGUGGGUAUGGAACUACACAAGUAGAUACUGGAGACGUUAAGGAAGAUAGCAAAGAGCAACGGUCCAGAAAUAAAUAUAGGAGGAGGGAGAAAUAACUUGCAUUUUACUAUUCAUAAUUGAGAUACUCGUGCUGUAGGUUUUUGGAUGUUGAAUGCAUCACAAUCUGUGAACUCUAACAACUUUUUUUAUUGUUACCAGAUAUUUAUGCAUAUGCAAGUUAAUUCUCGUUUGUUGUGUACAAUACUGUGAAAAAAAUGUGGUAUUUUUUAACAAGAAGGCAGUUUUGCUCUGCUUAGUGAAGACCAUAUUGACGAAUUAAUCAAAACUGCCUUACGGUGUGGUCUUUGUCAUAAAUUUAUUUCAUAUUCUUAAAUAUAUAUUGUCCUACUGUAUGGUAUUUAUAAAGUCGUAGUUUAUUUUGUUAACCUGAGUGGAAAGUAACAUUGUCCAUUAAUUAUUUAUGUAUAUAAACACUGAAGCUUUAAUGUAUUUUUACAUUCAUUUUGUAUUUAUUGAGGAUGGCUAAUUUCCUAAGAGUAUACUGUAUAUACUUUUAAAAUUAAGCAACACUCUAAGUUGGAUAUACUUCAACACACAUUCCAUCUUGUGUGUACAUAGUUGAUCAAUACAUGGUAGAAUUUCAAAAUAAAUUUUCCAUUUUGCUGCAUAUCUCACUGAUGUGGAAAACCAUCAUUACUCUUGGUAGUUAAAAUCAUUCAUGAUGACGUCAUAUGACAGUGCAUUAUAAAACAAUGGACCUUGUAGGGAAAAAAGGAAUAGGUUUUUUUUUACUUCAUUAUAAAACCGAAGCUGUGAUUAACAAUCUUCAUCUGAAGAACACUUUCAAAACAAUUGUAAAAUAGGAUAAGUAAAAGGUUGUGCUUGUAUACUUGAAAACUGGGGCAUAAUUGUCUCAACAUAAAAAAUUAAAGUCUUGGCAUUUAA